AUCAUUAUGUUACGCUAAAAGGAACGAUGUGUCCGUUUGAAAUCCGCUACGCGGUAAACAGUUCCCGACCGGCGAUGGAUUGGAAGGUAGCAGUUUUAGUGUCUUUCAUAUGGUGUUGGAUUGGGCUUGCGACUGCUCAAGAAGACGGUGGCGUGUUUCAGUUCAACCGACGAAGGUCAACCACGCCCGACCCAAUCCUUAGCUUUUUCAAUCAGUGUAACCAAGGAAAAGGAACAUGUGUGUCUGAAUGCAAGGACAGUCUUCGUGUUGAUACUGAGGACUGCAUUAGUAUGUGGCAUGUUUGCUGCAACAAGGAAGAGAAUGAUAUUGUUUAUUUCCCAACGAGGAAACCACCCGCAACUACCGCAGCAGAUUCUAGCACGAGAAAAACACCGCCAGCAAAACAAACAACACCCGUAACGACUACGUCCCCGGAAACCUCGUUGGCCGAGAAUUGGAUUCCGCCAGAUUGCGGAAUUCGACAAUCAAACACUGAAGUCAAUAGCCAGCCCAUCGAAGAUACCAAACGUGGCGAAUUUCCUUGGAAUGUUGGAAUAUUUACAAUGAGCACCAACUCAUUCGGGAUUGAACAAAGCGUGUUCCAUUGUGGCGGAUCGCUAAUCGAUGAUUUUGUUGUUUUGACUGCUGCUAGUUGUGUUCGGAAGAAGAAAAACUCGUCACUGUUGGUGUUUGCCGGAGUUUGGGAUGUAACUGAUGAACUGGAAAAUCGACAGAUACGCAAAGUGAGUGAGAUCAUCAUUCACCCAAGCUUUUUACCAACAUCCAGAAUUUAUGAUGUCGCGCUCUUGGUCCUUGAAGACAAAGUGGAUUUUACUUCGACUGCCAACCGUAUUUGCUUGCCAGAUGCCAAUGUGGUUUUCAACGACAGGUACUGUUUAGCCACCGGUUGGGGUGUUACGCCGAUGGAAAAAUCCUCCGAUCAGUUAAGUUCAAUUAUGAAAAUGGUUGAGCUACAGUUGGUCGAACACAACGACUGUGAGUUCAGAAUACGAAAAGCCCUCCCGUAUAAAACUACCUUCAAACUAAACGAGAUAUUCCAAUGUGCUGGAGAUGAAGCUGGUAUAAAUCUUUGUACAGGAGACGAAGGCUCGCCGUUGUUUUGUACCAUCCCCGGAAGGCCACGACAAUUCUAUCAAGUUGGCAUAUACUCCUGGAGCAGAAGUCAGUGUGGGGAAAAGGCGGUUCCAGAUGUAUUUACAAAAAUAAGCCAAAUCCGAACAUGGAUCGACGGCCACAUGGAGGCCAAACAACGAAAUAUAAACGUUUAUGUACCACAACCAGAUGAUUCAGGCGAAGAUAGUAGUUUAAGUGCUGAUUAAAACGACGAUUUCAAUACUA